UAUUUAUUUUUAAUUUGUGACUAUUUUCAAGUAGAAUAAUAGAUACAAUGGCCAACAAUGCAACAGGCGAUAAUACUAAAGCAAUUGUACCUUAUUCUAAUGAAAUCAAUGAAUGCCAUUUGCAUAUCGUAUUUUCAAUCGAAUGUAUAGAAGCUAAAGUACUACUACAAAAGAAAUUAAGCAAACAUACUAAACAUCAAAAACAAGUUUGUUAUUUUAUGAGAAAUGCUAAUGCGAUAAUGAGAAAUGAGAUAAAACUGGACCAACAAAAAAAAGAAAGCUUGCUUGUUGCACUCGAGUCCAAUAAAUCUAGAAUGAUAGAUCUCAAAAAGCAGUUAUUACUGGCUAAAGAGGGAAGGCAAAAUAUGAUUGAAAAUAUAAAAAUUAACAUCAAAAAAUACGAAGACAAGUGGUUAACUUGUAAAAGCCGAUUUGAAAGUAUCCAUUUUAUCAAGAGAUAUUUUGAAGUAAAUGAUAAAAUUGAAACUGUUAGAGGAAAUAUUAGCUCUCUCAUCAUUGAGACUAAAAAACUAUCCAAUGAUAUAAAUUUAAAGAAAACUGAAUUGAUAAAUUUGGGCCAAAAAUAUAUAAUAGAAUUGGCUGAUUAUAUGAUUCACCAACGACCUAUUAUUUUAAAACUAAUUGAUGAUAAAAGAAAUGAAAUAAAAAAGAUUGUUAAGGAAAAAGAAAAUAAUAACGCCACUGUGAAAAAUGCAUUGCUUGUAUCCCCACCAGAAAAACGAACUAUUAAAGCUAAGAAUGUAUCUGAUGAGGAUACUGAAUAUCUACCUAAAAAUGAGGCCCAUGACACUUUAGUGCUACCAAAACUACAUCUUCUGAAUAUGGGUUUAGUUCCCAUUGGAUUUGAUCAGAUACAGAAAGUUAGUUAUAAAAAUACAGCAAUUUUUAAAAGAUCUUCAGUUUCCUAUUCUCCAAUUAAAUAUGAUGUUCCAAAAAAGGCGAAGGUUGCUGAAAACAUUGACGAAGUAAAUCUUUCACCAUAUUUUACGUCACCAACAAAGAUAGAUCAAGCAAAGAAAUACACUGAUAAAAAAUUAAUUCAUAUAUUAGACGAUGUUAAAUUAGAUACAACUGGAACUUACAAAAUUAUUUCUAAAAUCAAUCCUUAUCAGCUUCAUGAUGUUAAUGUAAUUAAAGCUGGAGCGUCUCAACAAAAGGAAGAAGAGGACAAGGACAAAGUAAUAGAUCAACAGACAGAAGAGAUUGAGAAAAUUGACUUGACAAUAAAAGUUUCGCAGGAUGUUAUCUUACCACCAACCCAGUUUGUAGAUCUCGAGCGGAAUUCCCAAGAGAAAAGAGUUAAAUUUAAUACUGAUAUUAUGACAAUUGAAGAUUUACCUAACUCGAUAACUGGUGAUACAAAAUCUCAAGAAGAUGAUAAUGCAGUAAAUAAUACCUCUAAUAACGAAUUAAAUGCUAGUACAGUUAGCGAUGAUAGCUACAACAAGAUAAAGGAUUCUGUAUUUAAAAAACACAAUUUAAAUCUAUCACCAGAAUUUACAUACACAAAAAAUACAGCGAUGCCUAUGGUGACAGAUAAACUUGUUACUUCAAAAUUUUUCGGAGAAAAGCAAAAAGGCGCUACCAAUAUUGAUUACGCAAAAGAUAAAAUGGAAGUUAUAGAGAUCCUUGAUGAACCAGGCAAUAAACCAGAAAAUGAUAUAAUUGGAAUAGGUACAGAAAAGACAAAUCAACCUAAUACAACAACUGACACCGAAUUUGAGGAGGGUAAAGAAAGCUCACAAAAAGACAACGCCUUUAAAGCUGGACAAUCUUUUAAAAACUUCAUUCAGGACUUACCAGACUCGCUGAAUAUUUCUAUGAACACUACAGGCUAUGAGGAUGCAGAUGCAGAAUUUCCACAAUGUAUUGAUUCUAGCCUUCUAUUAUCACCAAAAGCUGAUGAUGAAAUGCAAACCAGUGAUAACAAAGUUCAAGUACUGUCUCAGGAGGGUCCAAGCUUUAUAUCAGGAUUAAGGAAGACAGGCUUUUCCUUUUUCGGGAGCACAUCUUCUGUUAAUCAACCAGAUUCUAAUGCACAAAAUCAGAGUAAUAAUUUUAAUUUCAAUUUUGGUGGAGACGAGAAGAUAAAAAGAAGUGGUUUGUUCAGUAUGUUUCGUUAA